CGCCUGCGCCCGCGACAUCAGAAAGACUACACUCAACGUCUGCUCAAGAACCUGGAGCCUGGUGCACAGAGCCCCUCGGAGAGCGGCUCCCCAUCCAGGAGGAGGAAGAGAGACGUGCAGCCGUCGAGGGACGCAGAGGCCCCAGAUGAGUAUGAGCCGUCCUUCAACAGCAACAUCACAGCAUUCGCCCUGAAGGCCAAAGUCAUCUAUCCCAUCAAUCAGAAGUUCCGGCCCCUGGCUGAUGGCUCCUCCAACCCGUCCCUGCACGAGCACCUGAAGCAGGCAGUCCUGCCGCACCAGCCCACCGAGGCCUCCCCGGCCAGCAGCCUGGGCAGCCUGAGCCAGGCCGAGAAGGACGACGGCAGCUCCUCAUCCAGCCUCCACUCGGCCAGCGACGACGGGUUCCUCGGCCGCAGCUUCCUGCGGGUGAGCAGCUUCCUGGAGGUGCUGGCCUGCGAGAGUGUGGACAUCGACCUGUGUGUCUACAGCCUUCACCUAAAAGACCUGCGGAGCCUGGACACGGCGCUGAGGCAGGAGAAGCACAUGGUGUUUAUUCAGAUUUUUAAAAUGUGCCUCCUGGACCUUCUUCCUAAGAAAAAGUCUGAUGACGAAUUAUAUCAGAAGAUUCUGUCAAAACAAGAACAGGAUCUGGAGGAAUUGGAAAAGGCACUUCAGGUCAAACUGUCGAGCACAGAAACGCCGGGCACCAGCGACUCUGGGUACGUCACCCUGGCAGACGUGGAGAAGAAGGAGCGGGAGCACAGCGAGCAGCUCCUAGAUGACAUGGAAGCUUUCUGGAAACAGAUGGAAAACAUCCAGCACUUUCUUGUGGACCAAUUUAAAUGUUCCAGCUCCAAAGUGCGGCAGCUCAUGACAACGCUGACAGAGACAAUGAUUGCAGCCGAAGGGCUCUUGUGCACGUCUCAGGACCUGCAGGCUCUGGACGCCCUGGAGAGAGCCAUGGGGCGGGCGCACAUGGCAAAAGUGAUCGAGUUCCUGAGGAUGCAGAUCCAGGAGGAGACCAAGUGCCGGCUGGCCGCCAUCUCCCGCGGCCUGGAGCUGCUGAGCGUCCAGGGCAAGCUGUCCGGGCGGCAGAAGGAGGAGCUGCUGACCCAGCAGCACAAGGCCUUCUGGGAGGAGGCAGAGAGCUUCAGCAGGGUGUUUGUCCAGAGAGGCAAAGACCUGGUCAAGGCGUCCCUGGCUCACCAGGCAGAGGGGACAGCAACGCUCAUGCUGGCCCAGGAAGAGGAACGGAGGGGCUUCCUGGCCAACUCCCGCCUGAACUCGGACCCCGAGGAGUUUCUCAAGGCCUUUCACGAGGUCCUGGAGCGGCAGAGGCUGAUGCGAAGUGACCUGGAGGAGGAAGAGGAGGUCAGAACCACAGAGGCCAUGGCUGCCCUCUGCCAGGAGCUGUACCGCGGCACCAUGGGCACUUUCCAGGGCUGUGUGGACGCCCUGUUCCUGCAGACGCUGGGCGCCCGUGGCCUCCCCAGGGCGGAGUGUGAGGCCCUGCGGCAGGAGGUCCAGGAGGACGCAGCCCGGCGGCUGGGCAGGUCUGAUCGCUUCCGGAGGCGGCAGUGGGGACUCCUGCAGGAGCUGCUGGAGCGAGACCAGCAGGUAUGGAUGGAGGAGUGCGCGCUGUCCACGGUGCUGCAGGACCAGCUGAGGCACAACAGCCAGCGCACCUUGCAGGGCGUCCUGAACAGGCUGGGCGGCCUCACCGAAGAGUCCACGCGGGGCAUCCUGCAGGGGCACGAGCUGCUCCUGGGCUCCGCCCUCCGGAGGCUGGCCCUCCGCGGCAGCGCCAUCGCCACGCUGGCCCAGAUGAGGCUGUCUGGGAAGAAGAGCCUCCUGCAGGAGCUGCGUGAGCAGCAGGCGCUGGAGCAGGGCUCCUCCCACUGUCGGGACGAGCAUCAGUGGCAGCUGCUCCAGGCCUUGGAGACGCGAGUCCUGGAGGAGGCCGGCCGGCUGGAGGAGGAGACGCAGCAGACGCGGCUGCAGCUCCAGCAGCAGCUGCUGGCCGAGGCCCAGGAAGCCGGGCAGCUCCUGCAGCAGCACUUGGAGCGAGCCAUCGGGCAGGCACUGCUGGGGCACGCACGGAAUGCCGCCACCAAGAGCCGGACCAAGGACAGGGAUGACUUCAAGGGGACGCUGGUGGAGACGGUGGUGGAGAGCGUCUAUGCCACCAGCGCUGGCGUCGGCCCCCUGGUGCAGGCCUAUUACCAGCAAGUCGGGAGGGUGAUGCAGGACCAGGAAGAGAGGAAGCUACAGCUCCUGAAGACCCUGCAGGGCCACAGAAUGGACAGCUCCAAGCUGCGGAGGAAGCAAGAACUCGGGGACCCCGGGCUGGAGGACCACAUGACAGGCGGCGCUCAGGGAGCCUCCCAGGCUGUCCACCAGAGGCUGCUGUCGCAGCAGAGGCGGCUCCUGGCCCAGUUCACGGAGCACCAGCGGCUCCGCCUGGAGGCGCAGAGGCAGAAGGCCCGGGUCCUGGACCAACUGGAGGCCCAGCUGGAGACGCAGCUGCAGGACGCGGAGCAGACCUUCAUCUCGGAGCUGGCAGCGUUGGCCCGCGUGCCCCUGGCAGAGAACAAACCGCUCUCCAGUAAGCGCGGGCUGCCAGAGAAGCCUCUACGGACCAAAAAGAAGAAGCCCCUGCCUCGGGAGAGAGGGGACCCAGGACUGCCCAGUGAUGGUGACCCUGCCUCGGGGGACCACGCCUCAGGGCCCCUCAGCAGCCAAAGGCCAGGUCAGCAAGAAGCCGAGGCUGGUGUCCGCGAGGACGGGAGGCAGGUGCUGAAGAGGAGCCAUCUGUAGCUCCAGGCUGCUGGGCAGGCCUGUGCCUGGGUGUGCAAGGCCUGUCCCCGCCACACCCCGGGGGACAUGGGGGCAGUUGUGAGAGAGGACGGAGUGGGGGGAACUGGCCAGACGGCCACACCUGAGAUGGUUGGGAGCUCCUCCUAGCCGUGUCCAGCCCGCUCAGCUCCCUGACCGGGGCGACUCCUCCUGAGAGGAGGCCGCCUGUGCCCAGCUCUACCCGUGUCCUGAGGCUACCAGAACCUGCCUCCCACAAGCUGAGGUCACCUGGAACAGCCCAGGCACUCUGCUCCCCAGCUUCUCCUCCCAGUGCUCCCAGGAGGGCCUCUCAGACUUGCUGUAUUUCCUGGAUCUGAGGCCAUUCCCUGGUCCCUCCAUCCCCCUCCACCCGCCAGUGGCUGCCCAGCAUGCCCAUCAGGACCACGUCCUUGCUUGGUACUUUCUGUCCUUCGACUCAGCCAGCACCAAGAACUGGUCACCAAGACAGUGUCUGCAUCCCGGGGCCAACAACCCAGGACAGGCGGCUUCCUCAGCGCUUCCCGCUGUGACUAAAAGACCUGAUGAGAACAAUUUCAUGGGAGAAUUCAUUUGGGGCUCACGGUUUCAGAGGCUCAGUCCGUAGACACUGGCUCCACCUCGGGCCGCAGGUGAGGGGGACGUCAUGGGGAAGAGUGUGGUGGAGGGCAGCAGCUCACACGAUGACCGGGAGGCAGAGAGACUUCGCUCUCCAGACACAAUACACACCCAGCGCCCCUCCAGCCGCACCCACCUGCCGACAGUGAGCACUCACCAGUCCCCUCAGGUCCCUGACCACCAGGUCACAGAAGGCCCCUGUGGACUGACACGUGUAUGUAACAUUUAUCAUGGUGAUGGACGAGAGAGUCAUUGCCACUGACUGGGGAAAUGUGAGGGGUCCAGUAACACUGUGAGCUCUCGCAUGUCACGGGAAAGAAUGACCCUGGGGACCCGCCCCUCAGUACACAGGAGCAUCCUCCAGGCGGGGCUCAUAGGCCUCAAAGCGAAAGAUAAAACCUCAAGAAGAAACCUAGAGGACUACCCGGUGGGCAGCUUCAUGCCCGCCCCUCUAGCACCCAGGGCCAGGGCCCUGCUCCCCGGAGCCUGUGAGGCGCUGGCUGUGGGGAGGGAACCAGUGGCAGCUCCUGCAGCUUCCUGAGAAACUCAGGCCCCAAGACCCAGGAGACACAAGAAAACUGCGUGCCUUGAAAGCCCUGCUCAGCUCAGCCCCCAAGAACUGCCAUGCCUUGCCCGAGCCCAUCCCCUGUCCCCUGCAGCGGGGCCCCUUGGAGGGGCAGGUGGUGGGCUCCAGGACCAGAGGGUCAGGAAGAGGCCCCACCAGUCUUCUAGGGAACAGGAUGUCAGGACAGAUCCUGCUUCUGCUUCUCCCCCCGGGGGACUCGGCCUGAGGCCACAGGCAGGUGCACACCCCUGCCCCCAGCUGCACUCUCCAGAAGCUUCCUGUGCAGCCCUUGGACAGUCCAACUGGGUCAAGACCGAACACCCGUAACGCCUACGUCCAUUCCUGGCCUCUCUGAGCCUUUAGCUUUGUCUCAAGAAUCCGCCAUGGGCCAGCGUCAGCACCUCUCUGGACCUCACCAAGUCCCUGGCCACGAGAUGCCUGGCACCACCUUGGGCCAGCCAGUAGGAAGGCCAUCGCCAGAGGCCCGUCAGCCUCGCACACCCCACUCGACUCAGGAGAGAAAUCCUAAAGUUGAUUGUCGGAGACAUCCCAUUACAGUAAUUAGAAGAGACUCAUUCACGAAAGUCACAGUCACACUGCACACAGCCCGACUCGGAGCAAGCGCAGACAGGUGCAGCCUGCGUCCUCAUCGUCAUCAUCCUCUACUUACAGCUCGGGAGGCAAGCACCUUUGCCAAGCUUUUGCUCCUCCUUAGAACGUGUGUGUGUGUGUGUGUGUGUGCGCACGUGCGCGCAUUUCCUGGGAAUGGAGGGAAGAGCCCAGCCGCUGGCCAUACCCUGUAUCUUCCCAUCCAGGGCUCUGUCUAGACUGAAGCCUUCGGAGACGGCUCUCCUCCCCCCCUGCCUCCCCCAGUAUCCUGAGCAUCGUCCACCACUCAGUUAUCCCAGGGCUGCAGGACCCCAGCGCUUCACCCACCCCAAGCGAACACGCCAGCCAGGUCGGUGGGUGGUUUGUUUUAUUUUUUCACAAGCUUUGAAUUCAGAAAUAAGAGCCACGAUUAGUCAGUUAUUAAGUAAAAAUGGGGGUGAUUGAUUACAAAGGAAAACUGUACAAAACUUUAAAAA